UUUAUAUGGCAGAAUUGGCCAAUAAUGCUUUGGUCGAGUGACGCUGUUGCGCGCGAAAAUCGAGAGAUCGAUCGAUCGUUCUGCGUCGCGACCGUCUAAGAGUGCGUUUGUCUGCUGCGUGCAUGUGCUGUGGUUGUGUGGUACUACGUUUCGGUGUAAUGCUUUUGAUUUUCGGGUGAAAAAAUUUCCGAUUUAGCAACGAUUAUGACGAAAUCUGUACCCGACAGAUGGCUCGAGUACAAACCGUACGGAGAAGUGAUCAAGGGCACGAAAAUUUUGCCGUUUAAAGUACCGCUGAAGGAAGCUGUAGUCAACAACUUAACGCCCGAGCAAAGAUUCACAGCAACGAUACUGCUGCAAGCGUUUCCACGCCUAAAAUGUAUCGUCGAUUUGACCAAUACAGAACGCUACUAUGAUAAAAAGGAAUUCACAAACGUUGGUGUGAAGCAUGAGAAGAUAAUGAUACCUGGGAAGAGGGUACCGCCACAAAAUAGCGUUAUGAAAUUCUUUAAAGCGAUGGACGAUUUCAUGGCAAGCGCCGAGGAGGACGAUGUCAUAGGAGUACACUGUACGCACGGUAUAAACCGCAGUGGGUAUCUUAUUUGUAGGUAUCUCAUUCAACAACUAGGCUGGGAACUUCAAGAUUCUUUAAAAGCUUUCGAGGAGGCACGUGGGUAUCCGAUCUAUCGUGACGCAUACGUUGCUGCCCUGAAGGAGAUACCACGUGGUGAAAAGGUCGACACAAAUAAAAUCAACCUAUCCAAUCCAUCGAAUAAUCGUAAAGAGAAUUAUUCGAUACCUGUAAGAAGAGUGCUCGAUCAGUAUCGAUUAAGACUGAAACAUCCAAAAGGGAGACCAGUGCCAUAUCCGAUGGGUCCGCCGCCAGGAUUCAAACCACACCGUCGUGGAUUUACGAAUGGUGCGCCCUAUCAUCCACCUCAACCUUUCGGUUUCGGUGCUCCACCACCUGGAUUUGGUUCGAUGCCUCCACAUCCGCCUGGUAUGCCACUUCCACCUCCACCAGGUCCACCGAUGUACGGUCCGAGACCUUUGAGAUAUGGACCACCGCCUCCUCCACCACCACCAUCCGCCAUGAGAGCACCUAUGCCACCACCGCCAGGUCCAGGCUUUCAUCCACCAGGCUUUCCACCACGUUUACCAGGUCCACCAAGAAUGGCCGGCCCACCUAGAUUACCACCGGGUCCGCCAUCUCGAUUACCACCUCCAAAAAUGCCUCCGCCUCCUCCACCACCUCCGCCACAAAGUAGGCAGGCGGUUGUCGUUAAACGAUUACAAGCUCACAAAAAGAAACAUCAUAAUCAGCAUCAACAGCAACAGAUCAGAAACGGCAGGGUGGUACCUCUUAGGAGUUCGAUGAGACUGACAAGGCGCGAAGUUAGUACGGCCAGAAGAAUUAGAAAUGUCGAUUCAAAAAUUACCAAGGAACAGGACUUCACUGUAGAUACCUUUGAGGAAAAUCUUUUGGCUGUUUCAUCGACGAACGCACAUUUGCGACGGCCACUAAAAGGACGAUACCAUCAGACUAAGUGAUGAUGUGUUAUCUAGGAGGGGCGAUUUAUCAUUUAAAAAACUUACAAUAUGUUGUGUAAUAAUGUAAUUCACACCACACGCCCAAGGUGUUGCUCUAAAACCCCGUAUGGCGACAUUUUUCAGAUAGAAGAAAAAAGAAAAUGUGAUUUUUGCGAUCUCACCGUUCCUUUCUUUACGAACGGUUACAAGUAGAUGCGAGAGAAUGUGAAGAGUUUAAAACGGAUAAACUUCUAUUUCUCUCGGUCUUAAUUCCUAAUACGCAUAAAAAUCAAACGAAGGAUCUUUGUUGAUUCUUUGUUCGCCUUGUCGAUUCUUUAGACGUUUAUGUAUUUCGACUAAAAAUCUAUAAUCUGUUGAAAUAUGUUA